CCUUUAGGUUUAUAUAUCGAACUGAGAUAUUCAAAACAUUAUAAACACAUUGAUCGCGCUCCGUGGUAAAUACAAAUCCCUUUACAAAUAUAAAUCCAUAUAUCCGCGCUUUAUCAAUCGGACUGUAUAUUUUUUAAACUAUCUGAUUUAAAAUUGUCGGCGUUGAAUGAUCGAAAUAAUAAGAUAAUGUGAAUACCUUAAGCUGAUGAAUUGUUUGAAAUUGGGAUUGAUAUAAGUAUCAAAUAACAAUGAAUGUGUCAGAUAUUAAUACAAAAGUCAGUGGUCGAGUCGACAGCGCAUUACCACCAAUAGACGGUCAAUAUUCCGCGAACAAUUUAAGACAAAACAGGAUAUGUGGAAUUAAUGCGUUUUCUUCAUCGAACAUGGUGAGCCAAAAUAACCGGGGCACCAGCUCCAAAAGCUUGAUAUAUCGGAGCAUCCCGCCCAAGCCUCACACUUUCACACUCUCAGACAUGAUUGGGGAAUCGCUCCCGCAACAGAAAGGAGUGACCAGCAAGAAACUGGGCAUGUCAGGCAGCUCGUCGUCGGAAUUCGCUAAACGAUUUCUAUCGCGACCGAUGGCGCAACCCAAAGUAGUGGAAUUUAAUGUAGGAAAAAUGAGUGUGCAUAAACGCCGACGAGGAAUAAAUGGAUUUUUCCCGCCUGUGAAAUUAAGGAUGGCUUCGUCGGCAACCAUGGCAAAGUCUCCCACCCAUAGCGCUGUAUCGUCGGAGAUAGGACAAUAUGUGCACCAACAACUGCAUGGCCCGACAGUUCACGCCAUGUCAGCACCUCUGAUGCCGACAGGAUCGAACACGGCGACAACGACGACAAACGGCACAAUGCAACUAGCGCCGACAUCAUUUUCCGAAGUCCGCCCAAAGUCUGCGUCACGUUCUAUCUCGCGAGCGUCUCGCACGUCACGUCACUCCGUCCGGAAAACGCCGGAGUCGGUUCGGACGGCGCCGCCACUGGAUACUGGCAUUGUUUACCCAGAAACUUUCGAAUUUGAGGAUAUAAACCACCUGCCUAAUCAGAAAACGCAGGUUUUACCUCCAAGGAACUUACCCUGGGUGUUUAGGUACAAAGUGAAGAGAAAUAUGAACGAACUAUCAAAGAUCAUGGCAAAUAAAAACCCUCAACUCGUAGAUGUUUGAAGAGAUUUCAGAAACAAAUUAUUUCGAUAUAUUAAUCUGAGGGUGUCAAAUCCAGCAUUGAAUUUGGAUUUGUUAUGUUUGAUUUCACACGUGGACUUUGUGCCGUUUUAAAAGAACGCAGUGCAAACAUUAAUGAACUAUUUAUUUGCACAUUCAGUCUGCGUGUGGACGCAGAUUGUGAUUACUUGUGAAUAUAUUAAAGUCUCAUUUAUUCAUAUUAGUGUGAUUGUGCAGCAUUUGUUACAAGUACAUUCCCACAUACCGGUAUUGUGUAAAUGUGAUUACUCGCUAUUCAUGUGGUAGCUCAGAUUUUAUUAAAGUCAGACAGAGUGUUUUGGCUGCAUGUUAACAUAUCUGAAACACAACGCUUAUGGAACACAGUUGCAUUUCGUAUCUCCAAGAACGACGAGUAUACAUAAUAGGAUUGCUCUAAAUUGGAAUCUGUUUAUUGGUUUUAUUUGAAAGCGUAAUUCUAGUACUAUAUUUCAGUUUUAAAUUAUUCUGUACAAAUGAUUGACCACUAAAUAGUAAAAAUAUGAUUUAUACGUUCGUUAAAUUGCCUCAGCUAAAAUCAAUCAUAUCCUGUAAAUAAUAGAACAAGGUCAAAUACGUGUAUAGAUUAAAAGCAUAGAAUAAAACAUUUUAAACCUGAUUUUAGUACAGAUCAAUAUACAGCCAGAGUCUCAAGUAUUGUCACCAUUAAUCAGCGUCAACACUCCAGUCAUACACUGGACCAACCAACGGCUUUGAGUGCGCUACAAGUGUUUGCAAGGUCCUCGGGAAGUUUUAAAUAUUGAAAUUUAAUGCAUUUAUCCAUGGCGCUUGUAACAUAAGAAUCAACAUUAUGA